CCCCUCAUUUCUCCUCUCUCUCGUCAAACCGCUCCAACUUUUGCUAUCAUCGACCAACAAGCCAUCGACCGGCACCGCGAAGGUGUGAAGCAGAGCGUGUUAGAAGAUGAUGUGUUGAAGGAGGAGAUGAGGGAGUUGCUGUGUGUCGAAGAACUUGGAGAGGGAGCGGCGACGAAGGCUGCUGUCGAUGCGAACAUUCGCGCGCUUGUCGCCUCCAUAGAGACGCUGAAGCUACACUCACACACCAACAUCGGCCGCGCUGCCUAAAACACUGUGGUUGCUGCCGCCGCUGGAGAGGAGCACACGUGCGAUCCUGAUGACCCUUGCACCCCGGCUGAGCCUUGCACUCCUGCUGAGCCGCAGGGUGCCGUGAGCCUUGCCGCGCGAGCACAGGGUCUCGGUGUGACAGAUGCAACGUUCCGCGCGGCGCGUAUCCGGAUGCACAAGACUGACCACACCAUACCUCCAAAGGACGCUUUGGAGAAGGGGAGAUACCUCUGGGCUCCGCGCAAAGAAAGGACCGAUAAGAUGGACGAACGUGUCAUGGAUUUGGCGAGAAGGUUCUGGCACUCUGACGACAUUUCUCGUGCGUCGGGAGACUCAGGGACGGAAGCCGUGUGGAGGCCAUCGAAGAAGGCAGGGGAGGAGUAUCACCCCCGUAGGCAGCUCAUGGUCGCGGGGGAUCAAGUAUGGCGCAAGUUUCUGAAGUGGCCGGAAUACCUGGGGCUUAAGGCGGAGCUGCUGAGGGAAGACAGCAGCUUCACGGACCCUGGGCGGACGAUGUUCCUCUCGACGCGGUGUGGGUGUUUAGUGGAACCGAAGGUAUCGCAGUGUGCCUGCCAGAUCCACACGCAGCAGGGGCUGUAUCAUAAGGCAUUCGAGAUGUUGAUGCCUGCAAUACAUGCCAACUGUGAGUGCACGUGCAACUGGUGCGACGGGAGUGGUUGUGGAAAGUGGAUGGCCAUGUGUAAAGAUCUGCACAGUUUUUCUGAGGCUUUGGCUUGCGAGAAGGCAGGCUUUCUUGCGGAGGGCCGAGGGGGUAGGUUUGAGCACUGGGGUAGAAAGCCCGCAUGCGUUGCGAUGGAAUGCCCCGAAUACGGGUUUGGCAACCCAGGCGGCAUCCCCAUGAACUGCGAUGCCCUGGGGUCUAUGGCGGACAGAGUUGUCGGGUGGCUUCGAUUCGAGGAUCAAGUCAUGGAGGAUGGGAAGGUGCACAAGAAGCAGCAGCUACCCCAGGCCGGAAAACUGGGUGACCUGUGGGACGAGGUUGUGGAGCACUCGAAGAAGUACAUGCAUCACCACGAGCUAGCAAAGUGGCAGCGCCAAGCCCACAACAUGUGCCUGGCGACGUUCGCCUAAAGGCGAGCUGUUGGUGGAGACCGA